AAACAUACAAAAAUAGAUAAGCACAUAUUUUGGAAUCGUUGUCAAGAAAAGAUUUGCCUCCGAACUAUGCAAUAAAUCGCGAACCCUUUGUAAAUUAUAAAUUUUGAGAUUUCAUUAAGUUUUGAUUUUUUCGAAACGAAUUUGGAGACUUCAGUUGAGUACUCCAUUCUUUGGUGUGGAAAUGCCGAGCACUGAGUGAGCUGAAGCAAGCAGAGAACUGACAUCCCAGAACAUCUGUGUAAGCCAGAUUCCGUGGGUCAAUCUCGGCUUGACGUCAAUCAAUCAUCGGCUACUCGGCGAUGGAUAGAAGAAUGGUUUUGGCAAAAGAGAUGGGAAAUUAGCAUAAAAUUCGUACGCCUCUGACCCGCGACCCGGUUCACUUUGACCCCGGGCGAACUUUUGCUAAUAGAGCUGGCCAAGAAGUGGGAACUGAAAGGAAAUGGGGAUGCGGGGCGGAUGAUAGCCAUCGAUCAGCUGUAUGAGCUCCAAGUGGGUAUAAAAUCCCGGGUCAGUCCAUCAGUUGUCAGUCAGUUGUGAGUGAAAACUCAAAGACAACAAGUGAGUUAGGAACCCUCGAUCCACAGUCAAGGAAGCCGAUUAUCCCGAUAAGGAGAAUCCAUCUGCAGAAUGCAUUGCCUGCUUCAACUGAGUCUGGCUGUGGCCCUUUGCGCCCUCUUAGCCCCAUCCACUACCUUGGCCGAACGCCGCAAUGUGUACCGCCUGGGUGGACGCGCCUCCGACGCUCAGAUGGAGGCCCGCUUCACCUCGUCGAUUGCCAACAAGCUGACAUCUCUGAAGGGCACCACCACGACGACCACGGUUGCCCCCACUACCACCACCACGCCCACCUCCACUACGGAGACGACCACGCCGACUGCACCAACAACGUCCACUGGCACCUCGACGAGCACCACGACGCCCACAACCUCCGACACCACCACCGGUCGUGCCUUCCCCGCAAUUCAAGACGAUGUUGAGGAAGAUGAUGAGGAGAUGCCCAGGGCGUUUGAAGAUGAAGAAGACGAAGGUGAUGACAGCCUGGAGGACGAAGAUGAUGACGACGAUGAGGAGAGCUACUUUGUGGCCGCUCCUUCCGCCGGUGGCAAUAGCAAUGCCGUGCAGCAGUCCUCAGAGUCCGGCUCGUUGGUCCGCCCCUCGGAACUCCAGUGGCGCCAGUUCCAGCAGGAACAGCGCAACCGUCGCCGAAUCCAGCGCCUCCAGCGUGAGCACAACCAGCGGAUCAGGUCCCUGCUUCGCCGCCAGAGGGCCGCCGAGAAGCGAAGCCAGCAACGCUUGCGCCGCCAGCGCCAACAGAGCCGUAAGCGCGUCUCACAGCGCCAGCGCCGCAACAGGAACCGUUCCAAGGCCCAGCGCCAGCGCCAGAGGAGGAACAACAUGAACCGUCGUCGCCGCCAGCAGCAGCAACGCCAGCGCAGACACCGCCAGCAGCAGCGCCGCCGGCUCGUGCGCCUCAUGCGCCGUCGUCGUCGUGGCGGACGUCGCAACUAAGGAGUUGAUCCCAGAUCCCCAACCGAUCCCAGAACCCCCGAAAUAAACUGAACUUGUAUGC